AUGAUAAUGGCAGCAAAAAUGUAUCAGCCAACUACAGGUGGUGAUACUUUUGUCAGUCAACACCCCCAAACUCCAACAUCACUGCUAUUACAACAACAACAAGAACAAUCACAGAGUGUUGUCAAUUCCAUUCCAAAUUAUGCAAUGCCAUUUGGUCAGUUAGUCAACGGAAUCGAUUCUAACAGGAAUGCUUAUUUUCCUACUAAUCUCUAUUCCCCUCCACUCUGUCCUAUAGCUAGUAAUUUACGCCUACAGUCAGCUAAUAGUCUGCAGUCGUUAGAUCAUCUACGACCAACUGGUUUGUUAAAUAAAAAUAAUCCAACUGGUGAUAAUUUGAUUAGCAGAGGUAUACUGAUUGGUAUAAAUGGUUAUUGCCAACAAAAUAGAAACGUACCUGAACACUACUAUCAAACACCUACAAGUUUACAACAACAUGAACAACGACAGAAACACCAACCUUUACUUCCUCGAAGGUCAGACUCUUUCUCACAACCUCAAGUACUAUCAACUGUAAAAAUGUCUGAUAUAGAUGAUACUAAGUUGUUAGGCAACAUAACCCCCAAUAUGUCGAACUUAACCGAAACAAGAAGAGUUCGUCCUAUGGAAAGGAGACGGUAUACACAGUAUGGAAUUUAUUAUCCUACAGAGUUUGAAAAUGACCUUGCACAACAGAAGCAAGAAAUUGUAAAGCAACAUGUUUUCAUGAACCAAUCUUAUCAAGUGCCUAAAAUCAAUAAUACUUAUGUCAAGAUUGAUAACACUGCUGGAACUAAUUCUGUAAUCUCUGAAGAGAAUCUAAUAAAUUCGGAACCACUGUUUACUGAUUUACAUUUAGGAAGUAAUACUGAGUCAACUAUACCUUUAAGUAUGAGACGUCGAAAGCCAGUCAAUGCACGAAGGGCUCAUGUAGUAUCAGCUUUUGAGCAAAGUUUGAAUAAUAUGUCUCAACGACUACAGAAUCUAACAAAUACAACAACUCGAAAAGAUUCAGAACUACAUGAGCUUAGAGCUACCAUCGAUGCACUUCGUAGUCAAGCAGAGUUGGGUCUUUUAAAGAAACCACCAAUCAACCGACCUUGUGAAUUAAAUCGGUCCAACACAAAAGAUACAUUAAAACAAGGAAAUGUACUAACUGCUAGCAGUAGUGCUGGUGAAAGUGAAGAAGCAAUUCAUAGAUCAAGUUUAACAAAUUCAAACUUAAGCUUAAUAGAUGUUGAUAGUCAUUCUUUACAACAGGCAGAAAAUUCAACUGAUAAAGUGCCCUCAACUUCUGGUUUAAAAUCCUCCGGUGUUAAUACAAAGAAAAAUGGAUGGCUAAGGAAUUCAUUAGGUAAAGCAUUCCGAAAAAAAAGCUCAUCUAUACAUUCUCAAAGUGGACUACAUAUAGCAGUUAGUCAAUCUCAUGCUAAUUCAGUUUCACUAUCUACUGGAAGGAAUAAUAUUUUGUCUAUAACACCUAAUGGUCAUUUAAUAAAUGGACUAUCACCGUCGAAUUCAUCGACAUCUUCAUCAUCAUGGAGUGCAUCUGGGAUAAGUGCUGGAGGACAGAGUAAUGCUACUACUACUACUACUACUACUACCACCUUACCGAAUGCUAAUGAACAAACAGAUCGAUUGACUAAUACACGAACACUUCAGCCUCAUCAACUAACUACACAUGUAAACCAGUCCACCUGUUUAAAUCAAUCAGUUAAUCAGAGUGAUUUAGAUAAAUCAAGCCAACUACCAACUGUUGAAAAUGAUACUAAAUCUGAUUUGCUCAGUAAUGAGAAAGGAAUAAAAGCCAAUGCUUUUGGUAAAACAGUUUUAGGUGGAAUGAGAAAGUUUAAUCAAAAAUUAUGGCAAGAUGAAGUGAAUCAAUUAAAGUAUCAAUUAGCUGAAAGAGAAUCGAAAUUAACUGAUGUCCAACUAGAAGCAUUAGCUAGUGCUCAUCAAGUUGAUCAAUUACGUGAUGAAAUGUCACGUUUAUACUCUGAAUUAAAAUAUUUACGUACUGAUAAUGAACGAUUACAGAUACUUGUAUCACAUUUACAAGAUAGUCAAAAAAUUCAACUACCUACUACUUCUACUACUAUUAUUAUUACUAGUAGUAAUACAAGUAUCAAUAAUAUUCAUUUAUACAGUACAAGAUGUAAUUCUUUACCACAGACAACAUUUUCAAAGACUAUAAGACAUGAUUCAAUCAGAUCAUCAGAAAUAGACAAUACAUUUUCAAAUGAUACCAUAUCAAAUGAUAGACAAUCAUAUGUUAUCAAAUUAAAAGCUGGUGAACGUAACUGGACUUCAGGUUUAUUCAUUGGACUUUCUGAUAUUAUCAAUAAUCCAAGAUGUUUAAUUGCUAUAGUAAAUGUUAUUUUAAUUGAUUGUAAUCAUGACAAUGAUGAAUUUGUAUAUGAAUCAACAUUUAACAUUGGUAUUAUUGAAUUAUCAAAAUUAAAAACAUGGCAAUGUUUAAAUAAUAUACUUAUAAAUCUAUUUGAAUUAUAUUCAUUUUAUUUAAAUUUAAAUUAUCCACAUGAUAUACAAAUUAAUGAAUUAAAACAAUAUUCUAUACAUAUUGAUGAAUUAAAUAAUAAAUUGAAAUUAAAAUUCAAUGAUAAUACAUUGAAUCAUACAGUUCAACUUUAUAAUUAUACAAUUGAAAAUCCACAAAAAUUAAUUGAUCUUAUACAAAGUCAUUGGAAACAAUCAAUUAUUCAAUUAUCCAUUGAACAAUUUCCUUGUAAUAAUACAGAAACAAUUGAUCAUUUAACAGAUAUUAAUUUAUCUAAUCAUCAUCUAAAUUAUUUAGUCAUGAAAACUUUAUUAAAUAGAGAAAUUUUAUGCUUUUAUUUAAAACAAUUUAUCACAUAUCAUUUUAUAAUAUUUUAUGGUAAUGAUGAUAUUUAUAUGAAAAUAAUUGCUAAUUCACUCUGUGAUCAUAUUCGUUAUAUUGGAAAUUGUAUUUACCUAGUUGGUACAUGGAUAUUGUCAACAACUGACUUCAGUAAACAAUCACAAUCACUUCCAAUACAAUUUGAAAAUUUUCCAAUACACCCUACAAAUACAAUAUCAUAUCCAGAACAUUAUCAAUUAUAUACACCUGUACAAUGUAUUAAUGAAUUAAUGUGUUGGAUUAAAAUAGAUCAUUCCUUAUGUCGUCUAUAUAUGAUACGUUAUUUAAGAAAACAACUUAUCCAUUCAUUAGUCAAUAAUAUUCAAAGAAUUUUAGCAUCAAAUCUUGUCAAUAAUGAUUUUUUAGAGAAAUUUUUCAGUCAAGCUAAAUAUUAUGAAAAUCUUAUUCAAUGGAUUGAACAGGUUUGUGAUCAUUUAGAUCAGUUUCUAAAUGACGUGCAAAAUUUGAAUCGAAGUCCAACUAUUGAUCAUAUUUAUCUGAUCAACUCCUCUUUAUUCUUGAAUCUUCCUUUCAAUGAUCCAAUGGCUUGUGAAUCUUGGUUCAUUCAACUAUGGAAUAAUGAUAUAGCUGAAUACGUCAAGAAGGUUAUUAUGGAGUUAAGCAGUAGUGAUAAGUCGACGAAUUUUGUGAAUUGUUCAGAUCCCACAGAAUGGAUCCUAUCCACAUGGCCUUGGAGUAAAAUAGAUUUUAUAAGACUUUACAAUGAAAGUAGUAUCAUUGAUGAACAUAACAGUUCAGAAAUCAAUUUGCCAUCAUUGAAACGAUUAACUGAAUUGUGUUAA